CUUGGAAAAAGUACAACUAAGCCAUUGAAAAAGAAACACUUUUCAUAUUUUCAGUUGUUUAAGUACUCAACUACUCUCGAACGCCUCUUAAUAAUUAUCGGCUUAAUAUUAGCUUCACUCGCUUCAAUUUGCACCACUUAUUCGUUUGUAAUUUAUGGAGAAUUCACGUCAUUACUCAUAGAUCGAACAGUCAGAAUUGGUACAUCCUCUCCAACAUUUAUCUUGCAAUUCUUAGGAGGUGGAACGAAAUUAACAAAUGCAACUAAAGAAGAAAAUCUACAAGCCAUUAGAGAUGAUGCUUUUGCGUAUGGCAUAGGAUGUUUGGUGGGUGCUUUGACAGAAUGGCUAUUUUUAGCUAUUGCCGUCGAUCUAUUAAAUCAUGUUGCCUUAAAACAGACUAGUAGAAUACGUAAACUCUUUUUAGAAGCAAUACUGCGUCAAGAUAUAUCUUGGUAUGACACAAACUCAGGAAAUGAUUUUGCAACGAAAAUGACAGAAGAUUUGGAGAAGAUGAAGGAUGGCAUGGGAGAGAAAAUUGCUAUAUUUACUUUUCUUUUUAUGACUUUUAUAACGGGAAUUAUCGCCUCUUUCUUGUAUGGCUGGAAACUGACUUUGGUCGUCAUUAUUUGUUGUCCACUUAUUAUAAUAUCUACCGUUAUGGUUGCUAAAAUACAAGGUCCUCUUACCGUAAGAGAAUUGAAGGCAUAUUCUGCUGCUGGAGCUAUAGCUGAAGAAGUAUUUUCUGGUAUUCGUACUGUACUCGCAUUUAGUGGUCAACAUAAAGAAACUGAAAGAUUUAGUAAAUUACUUAUUCCUGCUGAGAUCAUAGGACGUAAAAAGGGUCUCUAUUCUGGUAUAAGUGCAGGCAUAAUGUGGUUCAUUAUUUACGCUUGUGACGCUAUUGCGAUGUGGUAUGGUGUAAAACUUAUACUUGCGGAUCGACACGAAGAAAUUAGACAAUACACGACAGCUGUUUUAGUUAUUGUUCUCUUUGGUAUAAUAAUGGGUGCACAAAAUUUAGGAUUUGCCUCACCCCAUGUGGAAACUUUUAGUGCAGCUAACGGUGCUGCACAAAGUAUUUUCUCAAUUAUUGAGCGGAAGUCAGCUAUUGAUUCACUAGACGAAAAAGGCAUAAUUCCUUCAAAUAUUAAAGGAAAUAUUUCAUUUCAACGAGUUCAUUUUCGCUAUCCAACACGGCAAGAUUUAGAAACUGUAAAAGGUUUCUCAUUAAACAUUAAAGCUGGUCAAACUGUUGCAUUGGUUGGAGCUUCAGGUUGUGGCAAAUCAACCAUAUUACAAUUAUUGCAGCGUUUGUAUGAUCCUCUGAAUGGGUCAAUUAGAGUAGAUGGUAUAAAUAUUAAAGAUUUAAAUGUCGCAUGGUUUCGUUCUCAAAUUGGAGUGGUUGGACAAGAACCUGUUCUAUUUGCUACUACCAUUGAGGAAAAUAUACGAUAUGGUAAUCCAUCCGCCAGUGUGGAAGAUAUACAGAAAGCUGCACGUAUGGCAAAUUGUCAUGAUUUUAUAAGUAAACUACCAAAUGGUUAUGACACAUUGGUAGGAGAGCGAGGUGCUCAAAUGUCCGGUGGACAGAAACAACGUAUUGCUAUUGCACGUGCUCUAGUACGUAAUCCAAAAAUUUUACUUUUGGAUGAAGCCACUUCUGCACUAGAUUCGACAUCUGAAAAACGGGUUCAAAACGCUUUAGAAGCUGCAAGCAAGGGUCGCACCACAUUAGUAGUAUCACAUCGUUUAUCUACAAUCACUAGUGCCGAUCUAAUUGUAUUUAUUAAGAAUGGUACAAUUGCUGAACAAGGAACGCAUGAUGAACUAAUGGAAAAGAAAGGAUUUUACUUCCAACUUGUAAAUAUAACUAAACGGAAGGAAGAAGUAGAAGCUGACUCAAAUGAAGGUAAUAUAGUUCAAUCAAUUUCUGUAAACCAUUUAAAUACCGAAGAAGAUUCUGAAAGUGAAGAUGAUGUCGGGGAAAAGCUAGAAGACAAUAUCACGUGUAAAGAGAAAAGGAAAUCAAAUGAGAAAAGAAUGGAGGUUGAAAAAUACAAAGUAUCCUUCAAACAGUUAAUGAAACUAAAUGCACCCGAAUGGCGUUAUUUACUGACGGGCUGUAUAGCAGCAAUUAUACAUGGAGCUAUUUGUCCAGUUUGGGCUAUUCUAUUUGGAGACUUUUUCGGUAUUAUGUCCGAUGAAGACGCUGAAUAUGUGCAAUCGCAAACUAACCAAUUCUCGUAUAUAUUCAUUGUGGUUGGCUUAAUUGCGGGAUUGGGAACAUUAACACAAAAUUAUAUGUUUAACAUGGCUGGAGUAAAGAUGACUUCCCGACUACGUAAAACGGCUUUCAAAACAAUCAUCAGUCAAAAUGUGUCGUACUUUGACAGUGAAAGAAAUUCUGUAGGUGCAUUGUGUGCACGAUUAGCUGGUGAUUGUUCAAAUAUUCAAGGCAUAAGUACAACAUCAGUAAGUGGCGCCAGAGUUAGUGUAAUCGUACAGGCGAUAUCUGCAUUUAUUGCAAGCACUUUAACAGCUUUCUUUUCUUCAUGGAAUUUAACUUUGGUGUCAUUAGUCACCAUGCCCAUUAUUUGUUUAUCGGUCUUCCUUGAGGCAUAUUUCAUGAAAUCAUAUGCACUAUCUGAAAAAUUAGCUGUUGAAAAUGCUUCACAAAUAGCAGUGGAAGCGAUUUCAAAUAUACGUACUGUAGCCAGUUUAGGUUUGGAAAAAUAUGUACUUCAUCUUUAUAAUGCACAAAUUGAUCAUGUUAAUAGAACUUGUCGGGAAAAGUUUAAAUUUCGAGGAACCUUUUUUGGACUAGGACAGGCGUCAUUAUUUUUGGUAUAUGGUGCGUCACUGUAUUACGGAGGUUUAUUAGUUGCGGACGAAAGCAUACACUAUGAGAAAUUACUGAAAGUAUCAGAAUCUUUAAUAUACGGUUCAUGGAUAUUGGGACAUGCUUUAGCGUAUGCACCAAAUGUAAGUGCAUCUAUACUAUCGGCGGGAAGACUAUUAAACCUUUUAAAUGGAACAACAUUACAAAAUGUGGAAUAUGAACUAUUCCACACAACUGAAUUACAGAACACAGAUGGUGACAUUACAUACGAACAAGUCGACUUUCAAUAUCCAACGAGAAAAUCCAUACAAAUACUGCAAAAUCUUAACUUAGAUAUUAAAUGUGGAACCACAAUAGCAUUGGUAGGGCCUACUGGAUCUGGUAAAUCGACAUGCGUACAACUUUUACUUCGUUAUUAUGAUCCAAAUAGUGGUUCAGUCAAUAUAAAUGGUAUACCAACUACAGAAUUUUCAAUGGAUACUUUGCGUUCAAGUUUAGGUCUAGUAUCACAAGAACCUGUAUUAUUCGAUCGAACAAUUGCAGAAAAUAUUGCUUAUGGAAAUAACUUCCGUGAUGUUAUUCCUAUGGCUAAGAUAAUAGAAGCUGCGAAGAAAGCGAAUAUACAUAAUUUUAUUGUUUCAUUACCUCAAGAUUAUAGUACUUCCUUAGGUAGUAAAGGCACACAAUUAUCUGGUGGUCAAAAACAACGCAUUGCCAUUGCAAGAGCUUUAUUAAGAAAUCCAAAAAUACUUAUUUUGGAUGAAGCCACUUCUGCUUUAGAUUUAGAAAGUGAAAAAGUGGUUCAAGAAGCUUUGGAUGCUGCACGCAAUGGUAGAACUUGUAUUACUAUAGCACAUCGUCUAACAACAGUACGAGAUGCAGACAUGAUAUAUGUUUUAAAAAAAGGACUAGUGGUAGAAAAAGGAACACAUGAUGAACUUAUAUUACAAUGUGGCAUCUAUGCUAAGCAUUAUUUAAUGCAGCAAGUGUAUUUAUGAUUUUUUUAUAAUAGAAUAACAAUUCCUUUUUUGCAAAUUAUUUGGUGAAACUAAAAGUAGAAAUACAACAUUUUCAUUUCUGAUACAUUUCUAUUUAUAAUUAAACUGAGAUAUGUGAUUAUAAUUUUUUAUCAACUUUAGCAACUUAAGAACAUUCAAUUCUUACAUCUUGUUCUUUAGGAUAGUCUAAUGGCGAAAUCACAAUUUAAUUGAUGUCUUUCACAUAUUCAUAUGGAUAAUGAUGUCAGAGUGUCCAGAUUUCAUAUCAUCUCCAUUAUCUUCUUAUCUUCCAAAAAAAGUUUUUACAAUUCAGAAACUUUGGUCUUAGGAAAUAUUUGAAUUUUUAUUUAAUUAGUUUAAAGACCGUAUAUAAUUUGUUUGAACUGCAAGAGCUAGGCUUAGAACUCGUAUCUGUCAAAUUAAAAUCGAUGAGUAAUCGUGUUUUUCCACGAGUAGCGCUGUUUCGGGUAUACUGUCAAAUUAAAAUCGAUGACUAUUAGUGUUUUCCACGAGUAGCCAAGGCUCCACAAACUUUCAAUGUUCAAGUUCCAAGUUUUCUGUCACUUUCUACUUUUUCAAGUAAUUGUA